ACACGACAGCCACAGCUAUAUGAACAACUCAGAACUACACUACAUUUCCCACAAUGCUUUAAAGGUCCUGAAACCACUACUUCCUUUUCCUCGUGGUAGGCGCACGCGCAUUUCAAAUAAUAAUGCGGACUUCGAAGCGCAAAGAACAGUAAAAAAAGAAAGAGGCAGAGAAGCGUUUAAAAAGGAAAUAUGUCGAAAGCACUCGUACAGGCCAAUUCCUCCUCGGGGGCUGGAGUCACUGCCGGACCUUCUUCUUCCUCCUCUUCCUCGUCGGCAGGCGGCUCGACGUCUCCCGCUAACGUGCUGCACGUACAGCCCGAAAAACCGCAGCAUUACACGUACCUGAAGGAAUUCCGUACGGAGCAGUGUCCGCUCUUCGUGCAGCACAAGUGCACGCAGCACCGGCCCUUCACCUGCUUCCACUGGCACUUCCUGAACCAACGGCGGCGGCGACCUGUGCGGCGCAGGGAUGGCACCUUCAACUACAGCCCUGACAUCUAUUGUACAAAAUAUGACGAGGGUACAGGGACGUGUCCGGAUGGAGAUGAGUGCCCUUUUCUUCACCGGACCGCAGGAGACACAGAACGGCGGUACCACCUCAGAUAUUAUAAAACGGGUUCCUGUAUUCAUGAGACAGAUGCCAAGGGCCAUUGCAGCAAAAAUGGUCCGCACUGCGCCUUCGCCCACGGUUCUCAUGACCUGCGCAGUCCUGUGUAUGACAUCCGAGAGGUGCAGAUGAUUGAGGCGCAGGCUGGCAGUGGCACUGCAGAAGGAGCCAGCAGCGAAGGGCAGUCUGGACUCGCAGCUAGUACUGCCCUCAUUGAGAAGAUCCUGAGUGAAGAGCCUCGAUGGCAAGAUAACAACUACGUGCUGUCCCACUAUAAAACAGAGCUGUGUAAAAAGCCCCCACGUUUAUGUCGCCAAGGUUACGCCUGUCCUUACUAUCACAACAGCAAGGACCGCCGGCGUAGCCCACACAAACACAAGUACAGAGCUCUGCCCUGCCCUGCUGUGAAGCACAGCGAUGAUUGGGGUGACCCCAGCAAGUGUGAGAGUGCUGAGAGCUGCCAGUACUGCCACACCCGCACUGAGCAGCAGUUUCACCCCGAGAUAUACAAAUCUACCAAGUGCAAUGAUAUGCAGCAGUCUGGGAGCUGCCCCCGAGGGCCUUUCUGUGCCUUUGCUCAUUUGGACCAGCGGAGCAUUAGUGAGGAGGACCCCAGCUCCCCCCUGCCAUCAGGGACCAUGGUAGAAGACUCAGGGCAGGGAAGCCCAAGUAGCCCCCAAGGAUGCAUCGGAGGAAGCUCCUUUCUUCCUUCUAGUGGCUCAUGUCUAACGGAGCAAAGUCUGCUGGGAAGGGUGCUGUGUGACGAUGCCGCCAGCCUAGAUGCCCCACUGUCCCGUUGGGUUGGAGAUGGGGGCUAUGGGCGAGCACCAGGCUUUGAGAGGGAAGACCAGGCGAAACAGAAGACCCUCUCCAUGGAACAUCGCACGAGAGACCCAACGCAAGGUCAUAGCAAACAGGACCUGCAGGUAUUCCUCCCGGUGGGGAGUCCCCUCAGUAUGUCAUCCAGUGUGCCCUCCAGCUUGGCUGCCACACCCCCCAGCCCAGCCGCACCAGGCCCCUCCCCUGGCAUGAAUGCCAAUGCGCUGCCCUUCUACCCAACAAGUGACACUGUGGAGUCGGUCGUUGAAUCUGCUCUGGAUGAUUUAGACCUCAAUGACUUUGGCAUGUCGGCCCUGGAGAAGAGCCUGGACGGCAGCACUGCAGUGCCCGGCGUGGGGGUCAUGCUGGGUGGGAACCAGCUACAAAGCUCAGCACCAGUCAACAUUCCCGGCUCCUUUGGCAGCUCGGGUCCCUUCCGCUCGCCCUCACCCUCCCCACCAAUCAGAGCGCUCACCUCCCCCUUCCUUUCUUCUCAUUUGCCACAACCUGGCCAGUCAGAAGGCAGCUUUUUGGGUCCAUCACAUAGUUCUCUGGGACUGAAUGGGAUGAGCGGCAGCAUCUGGGAGCACUUCCCCCCAGCCCAGGGCUCUCCUGGGACACCACCAACCUUACAGCCCUCCAGCCUGUGUGUGGAAGCAGCACGGUUGAAGCAGGAGGUGGAAGACGCCAACCAUGUGCUGAAGCAGUGGGACCAGAGCUGGAGGCAGAUGGCCCAGUCGUGGGCGGUGAUGAAGGCUGAUGCUGAGGAGUCACGUGUUCUUGCGGGGCGCCUGGCCCUGGAGGCAGAGCGGGCACAGCAUGCUGAGGAGGAUCUCCGACGGCAGGCCAGCCUCCUGGAAGAGGCACUGGAGACUUUGCGGAAUGCAGACAAUCCCCACCUGUCCCUGCACCAGCUGCAGCUGCUGCACCGGCUCCCCCUGGAGGCAGUGUGCAGCCUGCAGGCACAGCUCUGUACCUGCCUGCGCACAGUGGAGCAGGUUGUGUUGAGGAAACAGCGGCUGUGCUGUGUCGUCUGUGGCGAACUGGGCUCAGUGACCAUGGCCUGUCAGCAUGGGCUGGUGUGUGAGGGCUGCGCUGGCUCUGCCGAGUGCCCGACCUGCUCGGAGCAUCAGCAGGGCCUAUCCUCCUGACUCCGUCCUUACAGCAGUUAUUCCCCCUUCCUGCCACCCGUCUGCUGUGGAGCCGAGCUGAGCCCUACCUUAAUAUUGCCCCAUCUCACC